AUGGGUGAUGAUGAUGAUAAGUUUAAAGUUUGCAUCAAGUGCAACCGUGAUACCCAAUGGAAACGAAAGAUAGCACUUUUUGAGUUAUGGUACUCCCCAGACGACAUAUAUGUUAUGCUCAAAUUUUUAAACGACGAGACUUUUAAUAAGAACAAUUUGGAGUUCAAUAAGAAGAUUAAAAAGAUGACCAAGAAGAAUAAAUAUUUGGAGUUCAAAAAGAAGAUUGAAAAGAUGAUGAAGAAGAAGAAAAACAAGAAGAAGACUACCAAAGAAAACAUCAAUAUCGAUAUCAAACCAUACGAUAGUGAUUAUUAUAAAAGUCAGCAUAUUUGUUUCCAAACACAGAGAGAAGAAUUAUUAGCCGAUUAUCCAAAUAUUGAUUAUCAUGAUCAUCACAUUCACAAACUCAUGGCCAUUACGGUUCAUGCUGUUUUUUUAGAAUCUGAUUUCGUUGGAUAUGAUCAAAUUUCAGGAAAUCAAAUUAAUCAUAAGUUUCAUCAACUACCUUUUUCCUCAACGGUGUCGUUUUGCUACACUCUAUCUGAUAUUUUGAAGAAGAAUGAAAGUAAAUUACCACAAACAGUAGAGUUGGAUUUCGAAAGUUUUGAACAAUGUUUAUCUGUCUCUGUCAAGUCAAAACAAGAAGAAGGAUCAAUAGUUUUUCAAUUAUUUUUUUACAAUCAUAAACUGGAAUCAAUACUUAGAUUUCCAUUAUCAGUACAACACCGUGAUGGGUUUGAACAAUUCUGGACCAGUGUAAGAGAUGAGCUUGCGUUUCCUCUCAAGGUAAAGCUUCGCGAAGAGGCCGGGUUUUCGAGUCUUCCGUGCUUGAUAGAACUUCAUCCAGAUCUUAAGAUGAAGAUUUUGGAGUUUCUUCCAGGUAAUGAUGUGGCCAGAUUAGGGUGCACUUGUAAAGAAUUUAGGAUUUUGUGUGAUGAUAAGAAAGAAAACGAUUUUUGGCAGACAAAAAUGCCAUGCUGCACAUGCGAUGUUCGUCCUCAUCAUGAUAAAACAUUUAUCAACUGGAAGGAGGUGUUCGAAGAUUAUUACAUCCACAUUGUUAGUACUCCUAAAUAUUUUGAGGGACUUUACAAAAAAGAAAAGAGGAAGGAGAAUAUCAAUGCGGCUAAGAGGGCCAGACCUAAUUUUUACUUUUACAAAAACUAUCCCAAAAAUACACCGCUUUUAACAUUAUAUAAAGAAAUGAUGAGUAAACAAAUUUAG